AUGAAAUUACUGAUUGCCCUCUCGUGCUUAGCCGUCGCCUUUGCACUUCCGUCCUCGCCUAACUUUGGAUACCGGAAUAAUGAAAGGAAUAAAAUAAAUGAACUCGAUUUAUCCCACGAAGACCUAAAAAGUAACGAUUUAAUUAAAGCAUACGAGCAAUUAAUCGGGAACAUAGGCCGUCUCUCACGUGCGGACGAAGAAGAAGACAUUGUUAAUAAUAUUGUUGAAGCAAUUAUCGCUAUAGGACAAAUAAUAAGAGAUACUGCAGCAGGUGAGAACAGACCUCCUAGACCACACCGACCAGGAAAAGAAGAAGGUAGUAAUAUCCACAAUAUAACACGACCCGCUGCUAAUGCCACUGAAAGACCUGAUCAUAUUAAUAUCCAUAACGUAACUCGUCCUGCUGCAAAUGCCACUGAAAGGCCUGAUGAUAUUAAUAUCCAUAACGUAACUCGCCCUGCUGCAAAUGCCACUGAAAGGCCUGAUGAUAUUAAUAUCAAUAACGUAACUCGCCCUGCUGCGAAUGCCACUGAAAGACCUACUGGAAGGCCCACUGGAAGGCCUACUGGAAGGCCUACUGGAAGGCCUACUGGGAGACCUACAGAAACACCGGCUGCAGAAGAAAUUAGCACAAGUAGUCCAGAGACAACUACUGAAAUUCCAUCUAGCCCUGAAUAUAUAAGUUCUGGCAGCAAUGAAAUAAAUGAAGAUUCUUUGGAUGAUGAAAGAGAAGAAGAAACAUAUUUUAUUAAUGAACCCAUUAUUGAGAGACGAUACAGAUUUCCAUCAGUCUAUGAAAUGAAUGAGAACCUUCCAUACAUUGCAAACAACAUAUAA